AUGGAUAUUAAUAUGAAGAAAACAGAUUUUCAGGUUAGUGACAGUGAAACAACAAUAAUUAGUGAAUCUAUUGAAGUGGAUAAUGUUGAACCAGAAGGUAGUUGUGAGUCAAAUGAGUUGACUAAUAUGAUAGUAAAUGAAACCAUUUUGGAGAUAGACCCAGCUAAAUGGGUUAUUAACGACGAAUUUCGUGACUAUAUUGCAAAAAAUGGUUUUAAUCAAAAUAUGACAAAUGACUUUAUUAACUCGAAACGGAUAUAUUCUGAUAAAACAAGAUAUUUGACCAAAAUUAUGUUUAAUAGACGAUUAAUUAAUGGAGAAACAAUUGUUCGUUCAUGGUUAGUUUAUUCUCCAAGUUUAGGAGUAGUUUUUUGUGGGCCUUGUCGGAUAUUUCAAACAUCUUUAGAAACUCAACUUGUUACUGAAGGGUUCAAUGAUUGGAAAAAUGCUACUGUCCGUUUCAGCUACCAUGAAAAUAGUAAAGAGCACCGAGAUGCUAUUAUGAAUUUAAAACAUAGAGGUAAUGUCUUGGGGCGCAUUGAUAAUUCAUUGAUUAAACAAUUAGACACAGAAAUCGAAUAUUGGAGAAAUGUGUUGAAAAGGGUAGUCGAAACUAUUAAAUCGUUAGCUUCUCGUGGUCUUCCUUUUCGAGGACAUGAUUCGUGUUUUGGUUCUGUACACAACGGUAAUUACUUAAUGUCACUCGAAUUAAUCGCAAAAUUUGAUCCGUUUUUAGCCGAUCAUAUAGUUCGUUUUGGAAGUAAAGGCAGUGGCUCUACGUCAUAUUUAUCUCACGUUAUAUGUGACGAAUUUAUUUUGUUAAUGAUGAAAAAAUUAAAAUAUAAUAUUGUUAGAGAAUUAAAAAUAUCAAAAUAUUUUUCCAUAAGUAUUGAUUCGACGCCAGAUAUUUCGCACGUCGACAAAUUAUCAUUUAUGGUGAGAUAUGUCCUCGCAACUGGUCUUCCUGUAGAACGAUUCUUAUGUUUUGUUUCAAAUCCAGGACAUAAAGCUUUAGAUUUAACUAAUGUCAUUAUUAAUACUUUAAAAUCUCAUGAUAUUGACAUUUCUGACUGUCGAGGGCAAAGCUACGAUAAUGCUAGUAAUAUGUUAGGUCAAUACAGUGGAGUUCAGGCUCAAAUCAAAGAAAUUAAUCCACUAAGAAGUUUUCAUGAAGUUGAGAACAGUUCAAUUUCAAAACUUCCAGAGUUAACAAAGGAGAGCUUGACUAAUCUUGGUUAUACACUUGAUAAUCGCAAUGGAAGAUAUUCUGAACAUAUACGAAAAACCGUACUUCGAAGAAACUAUAACAAAAUUUGA